AUGUCGACGCCGACACACACUGCGCCAAAACCCGAAGCACAAGCAUCCCUGUUUAUUUUGGGAAGAUGGCGCGGUGUAGGAAAAGUGUACUCUGUUACGGAACGUGGGGUGGCAAAGAUUCACUACUGUGAGGAAAUGGAGGUCCGGCGAGAAGGCAAAGCACAGGCUUACUGGCAUCAUCGGCAGACCUGGAAGACGGCUCCGGACGCGCAGGACUUCGCUUCAGCAGAGAAAAUCGUACCGCUGCAUGUGGAGUCUGGAGUUAUCAAAAUUUUGCCUGUUCAAGGGACCACACUAAGCGUCGAUGCCACACAGGCGCAGGAGGAGCAAUCAGCACCUGCGGCACCAGCGGUACUUCCGGUGGAAGGCAUUUUCAUUCAUCCCUUCAGUGUGUCUGAGGUAGCGCGAGGCACAGUAACUUCUACAUCAAGUAGUAGCUCUCCUUCUGGACUGGAGGACGGACAAGAUGGGCAGGAGCAAGGGCCUCGACCAUACUUACGACUAGAGGCUAGGGAAGCGGAUGGCAGCUUUCACCGUGGACCGGGUGCGGGAGGAAAAGCAACAGAGGUUUACAUCCGAGAGUACGAAUUACUGGCUGACGGCAAGUUGCUCUACAAAUGCGCGUUGAAAUCGAACACAAUGCCGGAACCCUGGGAGCAUUUGGAGUGCCUGCUUCAGAGGGUCGAUGGGGAGUUAUAGACGAUGAAAGGUUUUUCGUCAUGAUCAUGCACCAUUUACUUUUACAUAGGGCUAUAAAGUCGGAAACUAACACUUUAACAUAAAGUCAUAUUUCUCUAACUCUUACAUAUGUCUGACUCGUAGGGCUGCCUCAUCUCUACACCUUUUGUCAAGAAAUGAAUUCACCAU